GACGCAUAUCGUGGCCGAGUUCUUCAAAGGAUAAGCUCUGGGUGUUGGAUACCACCGCAUCUUCAAAACCCAGGUAUCGAACAAGAUGCUCCCUCUCCCGUGUCUUCUUCUACCUCCUCCUCCUGCUCCUACUCCUACCUCCUCUUCUCUUUCCCCACCCCCUCCGCUCCUUUCACCUCCCCCUCCUCCACCCUCCCCCUCCUCCGUUCGGAGAAGCGGCGCCCUCCUCCCGCGGCGGAGCGCUGCGGCGGCGGCGGCGGCGGCGGCGCUCCUCCUCGCCGCAGCUCCUCCCCAAACCCUCCCCUUCACGCGGAUCGCGAGGGCAGCGGAAGAAGACGCCGACGAUCCCCAGAGCGAGGAGGAGCGCGUCGUUCGCCUCUUCCAGGAGGCAUCGCCCUCGGUGGUGUUCAUCAAGGACUUGGAAUUGAAACCAAACAGAAAAAACCCACUUGUGGCGAGCACUAAUAAUCAAGAGGAAGAAGAAGGAAAUGAGGAUUUGAAGGAUGCAAAGGUUGAAGGGACGGGUUCUGGGUUCUUGUGGGAUAAGUUUGGUCACAUUGUGACUAAUUACCUUGUGAUAGCCAAAUUGGCCACGGAUGGAGCCGGACUUCAUCGCUGCAAGGUGUAUUUGGAAGAUUCUAGUGGCAGAGCAUAUUCAAAAGAAGGGAAGCUUAUUGGAGCUGAUCCUGCUUAUGAUCUUGCUGUUCUAAAGGUUGAUGUGGAAGGGGAUAAGCUAAGACCGGCGCUUAUUGGCACAUCUCGCAGUCUCAAAGUGGGCCAAAGCUGUUUCGCAAUUGGCAAUCCUUUUGGAUAUGAGCACACUUUAACUACUGGGGUUGUGAGUGGAUUGAGCCGGGAAAUACCCUCACCAAAUGGAAGAGCAAUUCGAGGAGCCAUACAAACAGAUGCUGCUAUUAAUGCAGGAAACUCAGGAGGACCUCUUAUCGACUCAUAUGGCCAUGUUAUUGGAGUUAAUACAGCUACAUUUACCCGCAAAGGAACUGGGAUAUCAUCUGGUGUCAACUUUGCCAUACCGAUCGAUGCUGUUGUGCUUAUCGUCCCUAAUCUUAUAGUAUAUGGUACUUCCGUGAGCAACAGAUUUUAGCUUGUCUUCUCUGCAGUUUAAUUCUAACAUAUUUCGUAGUCUUUUGAUAGCUUAGUAUCCAUUUCUCACCACUACUAAUAUCGGUUGAUUCUACUACUAGUUCAGGCUAUGCUUGGAUGCAUGAAUUUUUAUUUUAUUUUUUUCAGUAUCUCACUUUGAUUUA